AUGUCUGCGAACGGCGACCGAAAAUACGACAUCGACUCCGAGUCCGACUCGGGAGAGUCCAUUAACAACGCCCCUGGUGAUGGCUUUGACAGCAAGCCCCUCAAGUCGGCCCUCAAGAAGGGCAGCCAGCCCGUCCCACAGGAAACCGUCGCGAAGCCGUACCUCCCGCCACAGACCGAACCUAAAGACCUCGAUGUCGCCAGCCUGACCCCGCUGACGCCCGAAAUCAUUGCCCGUCAGGCCACCAUCAACAUUGGUACCAUUGGCCACGUCGCUCACGGCAAGUCGACCGUCGUCAAGGCCAUUUCUGGCGUCCACACGGUCCGCUUCAAGAACGAGCAGAUUCGCAACAUUACCAUCAAGCUCGGCUAUGCCAACGCCAAGAUUUACAAGUGCGACAACUCAGCCUGCCCGCGCCCUACCUGCUACCGAAGCUACAAGAGUGACAAGGAGGUCGACCCGGCCUGUGAGCGUGAUGGCUGCGGCGGCACAUAUAGACUGCUACGUCACGUUUCAUCUAGGUUUGUUGAUUGCCCUGGUCACGAUAUUCUCAUGAGCACAAUGUUGUCAGGUGCCGCCGUCAUGGACGCCGCCCUGCUCCUCAUUGCCGGCAAUGAGCCCUGCCCCCAACCUCAAACCUCGGAGCAUCUGGCAGCCAUUGAGAUUAUGAAGCUUGACAAGGUCAUCAUUCUGCAAAACAAGGUCGAUUUGAUGCGAGAAGAGGCCGCUCAGCAACACUACGACUCCAUUCUCAAGUUCAUUCGCGGUACCGUUGCCGGCCAGUCUCCCGUCAUUCCUAUUUCUGCUCAGCUCAAGUUCAACGUCGAUGCGGUCAACGAGGCCAUUGUCAACACUAUUCCUGUGCCGCCCCGUGAUUUCAGCAAGCACCCACAUAUGAUUAUUAUCCGAUCAUUCGACGUCAACAAGCCAGGUGCCGAGAUUGACGAACUCAAGGGUGGUGUUGCUGGUGGUUCCAUUCUGCACGGUGUUGUCAAGCUUGGCGACGAGGUCGAGAUUCGUCCAGGUAUCGUGUCCCGCGAUCAGAGUGGUGCCAUCAAGUGCACGCCUAUUUUCAGCCGUGUAGUGUCGCUCAACUCCGAAUCCAACGAACUCAAGUACGCCGUCCCUGGCGGUCUGAUCGGUGUCGGUACCCGUAUCGAUCCUACUCUGUGCCGCGCCGAUCGUCUCGUCGGUUUCGUCCUUGGUCUCAAGGGUCGCCUUCCCGAAAUCUACAGCGAGAUUGAAAUUAACUUCUAUCUCCUCCGCCGUCUGCUUGGUGUCAAGACUGCGGAUGGCAAGCAGGCCAAGGUUGCCAAGCUGGCCAAGAAUGAAGUCAUCAUGGUCAACAUUGGCUCGACGUCAACCGGUGCCAAGGUUGCUGCCAUCAAGAACGAUGCUGCCAAGCUGAUCCUAACCAAUCCCGCGUGCACGAGCAUUGGUGAGAAGGUUGCUUUGUCGCGUCGUAUCGAGAAGCAUUGGCGCUUGAUCGGUUGGGCCACGAUUGCUGCUGGUGUCACUCUUGAGCCCAGCAGCUCCUAA